CUGUAGGUUCAGAAUUUUUCCUAUGAUUGUUUUCCCCCAAACAAGUGCAUUUUUACUUUAAAUGCAGAGGUGAUAGAGGAAAUGCUGUUUGAACCAUAGACAUCUUUAAUCUGUGAAGUUGAAAUUUUUCAGUAAAGGAAGUUGCAUGGUGAAGUUCAGAAACUGACCAUUAAUUUCCCCCUUCCACUCCACAGUUCUUAGCUACUCUUGUUGCAAACAUACAGUGAUAAGGAGAACUGAUGUAUCAAGGGGCUGAGAAGGUAACGUUCCCCUCCUCCUGAAUGUUUGUAUUUUGAUGUCUUGUUUUGUUUCUAGCACUGUACUUAGUAGUAUAGUUGAAUGAGGUAUGACGUCUCCCUUCAAGGAACUCAGAAUGGAACAGAAACAUGAGCAAAAGAUUGUAUUACAGAGGUGUGAAUAAAAUGCCAUGGGGAACAUGGAGAAAGGUUCACCCGGGAGAGAUGGCCUAGCCACUUCCUUAGUGACUGUUUGGUGUGUGUAGGUCCCCCUGCCAUUACUCUUUCAGCCUUCUGCAAUCUAGUUCUACAGAGUCACACACUUCUCCAAAACCAACCAUACGUAAACACUACGUAGAGGCCCCUUUUUGCCUCAUUUUACAUUGUUUAGUUAUCAUUUUGAAACUUUUCUUUACAUAUGUAACAGUGCCAGAGUUUUUCUGCUUCUCUGUGGUUGUUCAGUAACUCCUCUUUAGGACAUACCUAAAGAUGAGAAGCUUCAUACCCAGUACUCCCAUUCAUUCACUCAUAUGUUUUUGGGAUCGGUCCCUUCUGCUUCCUGUGCAUUGGUUUGAUGGAACAGAAUAGAGUCCAGAAAUAACCCAACAUGUAUGUGGACAACUGAUUUUUAACAAAGGUGCAAAGGUCUUAAAAAAAUGGUGCUGGAAUAAUUGGGCAUCAGAUGCAAAAUUAAAAAUUGAUCCAUAUCUUAACACUGGCAAAGAUUAAAGUCAAAAUGGAUUAUAGUUCCCCAAAACUGUAUAAUUUCUAGAAGACGACAAGGAAAACGUGUUCAGCCUUGGGUUAGAAAAAGAUUUCUUAGAUCCAACAUCAAAAGCACAAUCCAUGAAGGAAAAAUCAAUAAAUUGUACUUUAUCAAAAUUGAAAACUUCUCUUUCAAAGGUACCAUUAAGAGAACAAGAAGACAAGCUGUAGAGUGGCAGAAAAUAUUUGCAAAACAUUUCUAAUAAAUGACUUGCAUCUAGAUUACAUAAAGAAGUCUCAAAACUGAACAAGUAAACCCACUGUUUACUUAAUUGCUGUUUCUCCUGAGCUUGCUGCCUCUGCCCCUGCUCUUUCUUCCUUUUUCCAUUUGUUUUCAACAUUGAAUCCCGAAUGUCCUUGAGAUCCAAGUCAGAUCACACCAACCCUCAGAACUCUCCAACAGAUUACCAUGGCACUCAAAAUUCCACAAUAGCCUUCAACGCUGGGCAAAACAUGGAGCAUCCCUUUCCUUCCUUCUCUGACCACAUCACCUCUGUGUUCACCCCGCUCCUGCCGUCCUGCCUGCCUCCAAAACAGGUCAGGCCUUAGGGCUUUUGCACUUACUAUUUGCCCUACCCAAAUGUUCUUCAUUCAGGCUCUUCAGCCUCCUCGUUUCUUUCCUGAAGUGUCAUUCUCACUGAGGCUUAUCUAAAGCUGCAGCUACUGGGGCAUUCCUGUCUCAUCUCCCUGCUGUAUUUUGUACUCCCUGCUCUCUUUUGUACUUUUAAACAUACUAUAUCGUUUACCUUUCUUGUUUAUAUUUGUGUGUUUUUUCCCACUUGAAUGUAAGCUCCAAAGAUUUUAUUUUUUUAAACUGAAUUAUUACUGUAUUCCCAGAAUAAUUCCCUGGCAAAUAUUUGGUACUCAAUAGUAAUGCUAAGUUAGUAAAUAAAUGAUGAAUUUAGAAUCAAAAUAAUGUAUCUGUGGCCAAAAUAAGACCUGAAAUCCCUGUCUCAUUUCCCAGACGUAACUGCUGUUAAUAGUUUUAGUUAUAUGCUUCCAGACAUACCUUCACAGAAUCAUUUAUCUCAAUAAACGUGUUAUACUAUGCAGACUGUUCGACAAGAUGCUUUUUUUCACUUUACACGGGCAUCUUUUCAUACCAUUGUGUAGCUAGGCCAUGAUUUGCUUUCCAAAAGACAGUUACCCAAUUUAUAUGGCAAAGAUUUUUGUCUAUAUUUUUGUAGUAUUUCUGUAGGGUAAGUUCCCAGAAGAAAUAUUGCACAAUCAUCGAAAAAUUUUAGUGUUAAAUUAUUGGCCCCUAAAGGUACUAAUUAACAUCCCUCUCAAUAGCAUAUAAGAUUCUUUGUUUUCUUUUUUUGGGGGGGGGAUUGGGGACAGAGUCUCACUCUGUCGCCCAGGCUGGAGUGCAGUGGUGCCAUCUUUGCUCACGACAACCUCUGCCUCCCAGGCCCAAGCUAUUCUGCCUCAGCCUCCCAAGUAGCUGGGAUUACAGGCAUGUGCCACCACGCCCAGCUAAUUUUUGUAGAGAUGGGGGUUUCACCAUGUUAGCCAGGCUAGUGUCGAACUCCUGACCUUGUGCUGGGGUUACAGGCAUGAGCCACCGCGCCUGGGCCGAUUCCAUGUUUUCAUACUGUCACCAACUUUAAGUACAAGUAUUUUCAGUUUUUGCCAAUGCUGUUAAUUUAGAAAUGUGUAUGUGUAUAUUGUCUGGUGGGUGUUUGGACGGAAACGAUCAAAAUCGGGCAACUUUCCCAGUUUCCUUGAAGGGAGGGCUUGCCAUUGGCGCCUCCUGGAAGUAGCUCGCUGUAGUUCUCCAUCUUCCUGUUUUGAGGAGCGCAGGAGGAGAUGGAUCUGGGGUCUCAUCCAUACGGUGGCUUGUUAACGGCAACUGCAGCAGCCAGCCAGAUCACCCCCUAAAGCAAAGUUAACACCUUGCAUGGUGCCUUGGUCAGCACCCACCAAAUUCGAGGAUUCUCCUAUCCUUCGACUCAAGGCUCUUUUGACAGAUGUGAUUUAUUUCCUCCUAGAGCCAGUCACAUUGGGUCAACCACCCUGUCUUAAGAAAACAAAUAUAAUAUUGUUUUAGCUGGAAACUGCCCGCUGUCUAAGUGGCUUUUUAAAUGAAGAACUCAGGUUCACUAAGGCACGGCUUAGGCAAGGGCAUGUGCGAAGUUCGAGGCCUGAGACGUUUGGAGAAGCGGCCCCAGGCGCAGGCGCGUCCCGCAGUGGGGCCCGUGCCGCCCAGGCGAUCAGCCCCUUCAGUUAACUCGCUUCCCUCCUAGCAGGCCCGACUCCCCUCGCCUCAGCCUCACGCAGCCAGAGCAAGGGGAAGAGGGAGUCCUUCGAGAGUUCGCCGCUCACUUUUGGCGGUGGGAAACCGAUCCGAAGACCCUUUUGUAGGUGAAACGCUCAGCUCGCGCGGCUCUGAAACACCGGGGAGCAGCGGCGGCUGCGAGCCGGACUGCGCCAGCACCUCCUCGUCCCGCCCCGGGGCAGCCCCGGCCCGCUCAGGGCCGCCUGCGCGUGCGCGGUGCCAGGGGCGGGGCCUGCUCGCGUCUCGGUUGCCUGGAUACCGAGAGCGUCCGUAGUGGCCGCUGGCGCUCGCGAACUGCAGGGUCUGGGGUGUUAUUGGAGGGGCAGUUGGUCCUCAUUUCUCCCGAAGCCCGCGGAGGAGCGGGUAAGAGCCCCGCGAAGCCGGCCCCAACCUUGGGAAAGGGAUGGGAGGCGACCCUGGCCGCUAGCCCCGCGCUGCUAGCGGCUCCACCGCGCCCUAGCCCACAGCCGCCCUUCUUCCUCGCAGCGCGCCGCGAUUCCCCAGCCUGGUCCUUUCUGCGGAGAGCGAUGCCGCUUCCCGACACCAUGUUCUGCGCUCAGCAGAUCCACAUUCCCCCGGAGCUGCCGGACAUCCUGAAGCAGUUCACCAAAGCUGCCAUCCGCACCCAGCCGGCCGACGUGCUGCAGUGGUCCGCGGGAUAUUUUUCAGCUUUGUCAAGAGGAGAUCCACUUCCUGUAAAGGACAGAAUGGAAAUGCCCACGGCAACCCAGAAAACAGACACAGGCCUGACUCAAGGACUCCUGAAAAUUUUGCACAAGCAGUGUCACCACAAGCAGUAUGUGGAAUUAACAGAUCUGGAGCAAAAGUGGAAGAACUUGUGCCUGCCGAAGGAAAAAUUCAAAGUGCUCUUACAACUGGAUCCUUGUGAAAACAGAAUCAAGUGGAUAAACUUUUUAGCACUUGGGUGCAGCAUGCUUGGUGGGUCCUUGAACGCUGCGCUGAAGCACCUGUGUGAGAUCCUCACGGACGAUCCGGAGGGCGGGCCCGCUCGCAUCCCCUUCAAGACGUUUUCCUACGUCUACCGCUACUUGGCCAAAUUAGACACAGAUGUGUCUCCUUCGGAGACGGAAUCCUAUCUUGCCUCUCUAAAGGAAAAUAUAGACACCAGGAGGAACGGCAUGAUAGGACUGUCAGACUUCUUCUUCCCAAAGAGGAAUCUUUUAGAAAACCGUGAAAAUUCUGAAGAUGUAGGCCAUUAAUACAGAGAAGAAUACAUUUUAGUGUCAAAAUAGUGCUCUUUAAAAUUCUGGCACCAAAUACAACUUAUUCUGAAUCACA